AGCUUCCAGUCGCUCCGGGAGGCGGCGGGGACGUGUGCGCGUCCGACUCCCGCUGACUAUUGGCCUUUUAGCCGGUACCCCCUAGCAGAGCUUCCCUUGCCGCCCUUCCCCUCCUCUCCUCCCCGGCUCUGGUCCCAAAACCUUAGCUCCGCGCCGGGGAGGGGGGGAGGAGUCCUCUAGCGUGACGCCCAGGAGCCGCCAGCUCGCCACGAGUUGGUCCGCCUCCGGGGCGGGAGGAGGGGUGGGGCUGCAAGUUAGGACUUGGUACUCCUACCCUGACGCUGUCUCUGCUUAAGCCAAGCAGGCAGCGUAGUCUGGCCGGGAGCGAGCCAUGACGGCGCUGCGGGGCCUCUGGCCGGAGGCGCAGGACAUCUGCACCUCGCUGGGGCUGAUGCUAUCGCUCGUGCUGUUCAUGGGGCUGGCCCGCGUGGUCACCCGGCAGCAGCUGCACGGGUUCAUGAUGGCCCACACCUUCGUCUUGGAGUUUCUGGCCACCUUCCAGCUCUGCUGCUGCACCCAUGAGCUGCAACUGCUGAGCGAGCAGGAACCCGCGCACCGCACCUGGCCGCUGUCGCUAAUCUACUUCUUCUCGUUGGUGCACGGCCUGACUCUGGUGGGCACCUCUAGCAACCCGUGCGGCGUGAUGAUGCAGAUGUUGCUGGGGGGAAUGUCCCCCGAGACGGGUGCGAUUAGGCUGUUGGCUCAGCUGAUUGGUGCCAUGUGCAGCAGGUACUGCAUAAGCGCCCUGUGGAGCCUGGGGCUGACCAAGUAUCACCUCAACGAGAGGACCUUCGUUUGCAGGAAUCCUAUUCAAGUCGACUUGCCCAAAGCGGUCAUCAUAGAAGCCAUCUGCUCCUUUAUCUUCCACGGCGCUUUGCUGCACUUCCAGGAGAUCCGAACCAAGCUUCGUAUCCACCUGCUGGCAGCACUCACCACCUUUUUGGUCUACGCAGGAGGAAGUCUAACAGGAGCUGUAUUUAAUCCAGCUUUGGCACUUUCACUACAUUUCAAGUGUUUUGAUGAAGCAUUCCUUCGAUUUUUUAUAGUAUAUUGGCUCGCUCCUUCUUUAGGUAUAUUGUUGAUGAUUUUGAUGUUCAGCUUUUUCCUUCCAUGGCUGUAUAACAACCAUACAAUUAAUAAAAAGGAAUAACUAUUCCAAAAGACACAGACUAAGUUACAGGACAGUCAAGCUGGAUGUGAUAAAGAUUUUUAUCACCUCAUAUUCAACAUACUGGCUGCACUGGACUCAUCAAUGUUUAGCUUCCUCUGAGGAAGUUGCCUUGUAGUUGUCAUCACUGGAACUUAAACUAAUUACUGUGAAAAGGAGGUAUCCUGUGUUUCUCAGUUAAGACUUGUUCUUUUGAGUGUGUAUUAAAUGUUGCUAGAAAAGACUCAUUAGGGGUGCCUGGGUGACUCAGUCGGUUGAGCGUUCGACUCUUGGUUUCGGCUCAGGUCAUGAUCU